UCUCCCCAACACUCCACACAGUCCUGCAGCACACAUGCUCACAAACACAUACACACACACUUCUAUCUCAUCUCUCUUGCACUAAACAUGCUCUGUUGGGAAUUGAGUUUAGCCCUACUGUUCACCGGCUUCUCAGCGUGGGCUCUGCCUUCAACUAACAUCAAGAUCACACAAGCACUGCCCCUGCAACUGUCAGACUCAAACCAGCCUGUGACAUGUCCACUCUUCUGGACUGAAUUUGAGGGUUACUGUUACCGCUUCUUCCCCUUGAACCGCACCUGGGCCGAGGCAGAUCUGUACUGCGCUGAAUUCUCAAACGGACACAAAUCAGCCAAACUCACCUCCAUCCACAGCUGGGAAGAAAAUGUGUUUGUCUAUGAUCUUGUGAACAGCCGUGUACCAGGAAUUCCAACAGAUAUUUGGAUUGGCCUUCAUGAUAGAAGACAGGAGGGCACUAUGGAGUGGACAGAUGGGUCACCUUAUGAAUACAGUUACUGGGAUGGAAAUCAGCCAGAUGAUGGCAUCCAUCGCAUCCCUGAGGAGGAGGACUGUGUGGAGAUCUGGUACAGACAAAACAGUGCACUGAGGUCUUGGAAUGACAACAACUGUGAUAAGGCCUUUCCAUUCGUCUGUAAGAUUCCUACACUGGAAAACUGACCUCAGAUCUAAGAUUGUUUUUCCAGUUUUUUAUCAUCAACAUUGACACACCAACAUCCCUCGAUCACAAGAUGUCCACUCGUCUACAUCCCUGCAGUAAUGAUGGCCUCUCUCUAACCUGUUAUAUGCAUUUCACAUGCAUUUCUCUCCCCCUUCACUCCAAUUCCCUGUCCCUAAUAACUGUCGCCGUUUUCUUGUUCCUCUGGGGCCAUGGCUCAUGACACACACAUUCCUCUGUUUAAUACUUAAAAUUGGAAAUUAAAAAGUUGGAAAUUAA